UCGGGUAGCGGACAGCGGAUAGUCGUGCCUCCUGCCUCCUGCCUUCUGGCUUCUGCCUUCUGCCUCCUGCAGCCUCCGUGGAUCAACAAAUGCGCAAAAAUCAAACAAAACUGAACUGUUGGCUUAUGUCACUCCCGUUUCCUUCCACAGUGAAAACCGAAUCGAAACAGUGACGAAAUACAAGAAUAACAUUGAAAAAGUGAACAGAAAUCCUUGAACAAAAGGCACAAAAGCAAAACAACAAACCGCAAAUUUUAUCCCUGUGGAUACGAGUUUAGUUGUUUUCCGUUGUUGGUUUCCUCGCGACCCCCUACAUUGUUUUUCUUCGCUGGCAACGUAGUCGGCCAUUGAGUUGGCCGAUACCAAACGACCUUCAAAACGUUUUGCGUCGAGGCAAUACGCACCAUGGGCUGCGCACAGUCUGCCGAGGAGCGAGCCGCAGCCGCCAGGAGUCGCCUCAUCGAGCGCAACCUCAAGGAGGACGGCAUACAGGCGGCAAAGGACAUUAAACUGCUGCUCUUGGGCGCCGGCGAGUCGGGAAAGAGCACAAUAGUCAAACAGAUGAAAAUCAUUCACGAGAGCGGCUUCACUGCGGAGGACUUUAAACAAUAUCGACCGGUUGUCUACAGCAACACAAUACAAUCAUUAGUUGCCAUACUGCGAGCGAUGCCAAACCUAAGUAUUCAGUACAGCAAUAAUGAGCGGGAGAGCGAUGCUAAAAUGGUGUUCGACGUGUGCCAGCGCAUGCACGACACCGAACCCUUCUCGGAGGAGCUGCUGGCCGCCAUGAAGCGUCUCUGGCAGGAUACCGGUGUCCAGGAGUGCUUCUCGCGCAGCAACGAAUACCAACUGAAUGAUUCCGCUAAAUAUUUCCUGGACGAUUUGGAUCGGUUAGGCGCCAAGGACUACCAGCCAACUGAACAGGACAUCUUGCGCACUCGUGUCAAGACCACUGGCAUCGUUGAGGUUCACUUCUCCUUCAAAAACCUCAACUUUAAAUUGUUUGAUGUGGGCGGCCAGCGUUCUGAGCGCAAGAAAUGGAUACAUUGCUUCGAGGAUGUCACGGCGAUCAUCUUCUGCGUGGCCAUGUCGGAGUACGAUCAGGUGUUGCAUGAGGACGAAACUACGAACCGCAUGCAAGAGUCGCUGAAGCUGUUCGAUUCGAUCUGCAACAACAAAUGGUUUACGGACACCUCGAUCAUAUUGUUCCUGAACAAGAAGGAUCUGUUCGAGGAGAAGAUACGCAAGAGUCCACUGACAAUUUGCUUCCCCGAGUACACAGGUGGACAGGAGUAUGGCGAGGCGGCUGCAUACAUUCAGGCUCAAUUCGAAGCGAAAAACAAAUCAACCUCAAAAGAAAUCUACUGCCACAUGACGUGUGCCACAGAUACCAACAACAUUCAGUUUGUGUUCGAUGCCGUCACCGAUGUCAUCAUAGCAAACAACCUGCGCGGCUGUGGACUAUACUAAGCCAUGGCCGGGACAUGUGGAGGAGGUGGACAUGGACGACGACGACGACGUGGAGCAGAUGGGGGGCGUUAGCAGGGAACACCGUAACGGUAUUAAAGAGCAGCGCGGGAGCACAACAACCCACCAGCAUUGAUCAAAAACAAAAGAAAAUUUAAGAGCAAACGAUGAUAGAACCAACAAACAAGCAAAGCCCAAAGAACUUUUAUUUGUUUAACAAAGCGAACAGAUGAUCCCGCGUACGAUGGGAGGACAUGCAACCAGUAACAUUAUAAUAUUGAUCCAGAUAAGAUAAGCAGAUGCGGAAUGCUAAUGCAGAUCACAGAUCGCGGAUCCCUAGAUCGAGAUCGAGAUCGACGUCGGCUACGAUAUGUGAUGUGAAGACACAGCUGAAAGUGAGCCACAGACAAGCAUUUGAGAAGCAGUUGAUGAUUGAAAGCAUUUCCUAUAUACAUACAUACAUACAAACAAAAAAGCAUAUACAUACAUACACACAUACAUAUGCAUUAUGCAAGCCACAUGUACGACAUGACAGCCACACACGAGCAUACACGCAUAAGCGCAUAGUUGUUGUUUGGUCUGAAUAAUUUUUAUAGAAUUUCAUAAUUCAUAAUUUACGUGUAGCUUAGUUUCCUCAUGUAUUUAUUAAACGAAUGCCGAACGAGCGUAUAUACAGCAUAUGUAUGUGCCCACACCUCUAUAUAUACACAUACCCACAUACAAUACGUAUAUAUAUAAAUAAUAUAUAUUUAAUGUUUCCUGUUGCAAUCUCUCUUUGAAAUUAUUCAUGCCAUCAACGCUCUCUGCAUUUGUCGUGCUUGUUUAGACCUAAGUUUUGAAAAGUUGCAACAAAACCGAACAACAACAAGCAGAACAACAAAGUAAUAAUAUUAAUAAUAAUUAAUUUGAUUGCGUUGCGUGUCAGCGUGUGGGCAAAAGUAAAUAUAUAUUAUAUUGUACGACAUUAAUGUGAACAAAAACAAACCAAAA